AUGACAGUCAAUGGGCCACAGUUCACAUCGCAUGAAUUCAGAUCUUGUACAAGGAACUGGGAAAUUCAACACCACACUAGCAGCCCUGGCUAUGCGAAAUCGAAUGGAAAAGCUGAGAACUCAGUGAAAACAGCUAAACAGUUAAUGAGGAAAGCCAUCAAAGCAAAAGCAGACCCCUACCUGGCGAUGCUAGAUUUUGGAAAUACACCCACUCAAGAAACAAAUACGAGCCCAGCACAGAGACUAAUGAGCAGACGGACAAGAACCUUGCUGCCUACAACAACUCAACUUCUGAAACCCAAUGUGACUGACGACUACAAACAACUAGAAGCAGCCAAAAGACAACAAGCGUACUACUAUGACAAGAAAGCUAAGGGCAAACAACAACUGCAGACAAAUGAUACAGUGAGAAUACAACCACUGCGAGGCACCGAUGAAUGGGAAUAA